AAAUAUUUUUGAAAAAUCCUUAUUGGCCGCUAACUUAUUGUCAGGGACUCCAGCUUGACUUAGGCUCAACUGACAGAUGAAGUACAUCAGACCAUAGACAUAUAACGGAUAUAUGUCUAUGAUCAGACUCAGACUUGACUUUUUUAGGGAGGCUUGCGCCAAAUGAACACUGACGUUUGUGCCACUCCGUCAAUCGUCCAGCUCGCUAAAGAUGGUGACACUGAGGGAGUCUGGAAACUCUUACAAAAAGAAGAAGAUGUGAAUGCAAGAAACUUUAUAGGACAAACAGCCUUACACAAGGCAGCGACAGCUGGAAAUGACGAUCUGGUUAGGGUGUUGAUUGGCGUAGGCGCAGAGGUAGAUUCCGCGGACAGGAAAUGUCAAACCCCGCUUUACAGCGCUGUAUUCAAUCUCCACACGAGCACAUCGUUCCUGUUAUUGGAGAAAGGCGCGAAUCCAGAGGGAAAUUCGAAACAUCUCAACACUCCGCUACAAAUAGCAAUAAUGCACAAGAAUGCUGCUAUACUAAAAAUUUUGCUGGAAUACGAGGCGAACACCGCUAUGACCUUCAGCAACGGUCGAGUCUGCGCAAUCGACUUCCUCUUGUCAACCACUAUAGACGGUCGGGUGUGUUUUGAUAUGAUGAAGUCGCUGUUACUUCAUGGAUGUGCCCUAGAUUAUAACCACGUGACCCUGCAGAGAAUGACAAUGUCCCCACUGUUUGCCUGUAUCUUUUACUUAAAGCCGGCGGCCAUAUUGGUCUUGUUGUACGAGUUUGGGUGUCAAAGAUGGGACUUUAAUUGGAGAGAUAAUCGCCUGUAUGAAAGGCGAGAGGAUAGGGAGUUUGUCGCAACAUAUGUCACUAAGAAGGCAGGUUCACCACGAAGCCUGUUGUCUACGUGUCGGGUUUACUUGUACCACGUCCUCCAAAGAAAACCCCUCCGUUAUCUAAAUCAUCUGGCCCUGCCUCGGACAUUGAAGGAGUAUCUGUUGUUCAGUGACCUACAAUAUUUCUGACAGAUUAACCUGUUUUACUCGGUCGGCCGUGCAAGGCAGGUCUUGUGUCCCCCCUCCCCCCACUCCCUCUCCCCCAGACGUUGAUAUCGGAGUUAAUAUUGAAGAAUGUCCGUCAACUUUUAUGGUAACGUUUGUGUGUAUGUCAUUAGUACACUGCACAUGUAUCGUGCCGACAUGAUUUCUCUAAACACAAUUACAGUAACGAUACAGGCGCUUGUUCAUUCAAUGCCGGGUUCCUGUAAACAAUUUACAGUGACGAUACAGGCGCUUGUUCAUUCAAUACCGGGUUCCUGUAAACAAUUUACAGUGACGAUACAGGGGAUCGUUUUAUGAAUGUCGGAAUUCCUGUAAACAAAUUACAGUGACGACACAGGCGCUCGUUUUCGCAAUACCGGGGUUCCUAGGCCUGUUACAAACAAAUUACAGUGACAACACAGGUGCUCAUUCUUUCAAUGUCUUGUGUUCCUGUAAACACAUUACAUGUACAGUAACGACAGACGACAGUGAAUUUCUCAAUGCUGGGCCAUCAGCUGCAAUAGACAUGCAAUCCCAAGUAUACGUUGGCGUGUUGUAUCGGUCGUUAAACAUGUAUCAUACUGUUAAUUUAUCUUUAAAGAGUCGAUGUUAAUUACUAGUACAUGUACAUUGUAUAUGAGUGUGAUUAUUAACCUUGUUUAUGUUUGUUAUGAAUUAUUGCUCAUUGGUAACAUUCUAGUCACAGUGUUAUGUAACAUCUCAAUGUCACAAACAAGGAUUUAAAUAAAACCUAUGAAGGUCUCUGUACUUUUCUAUUAUUUAUCGUCAGACAGAAGACCGUAUACAUGUUUUGCAUGUAUUGUUACUAAUCCCUUUAAUCCAAAAUGAAAACAAUUUCUUCGUGUGUAUUGCUAUAAUCUCAAUAUCAGAACAUUUAAAAACUUUGAUCAGUAUUUAGAAAUUCUUUUUGGCUAUAGAACAGCGACAACGCAUGGGGAAAGUUUUGAUCAGCGUUAAAACAUCCAUUUUAUAAGUUUGACAGUUUACAGAAAUCGAGAUUACUGUCUCCAGUUGCUGUUCUGCUUAUCGUAUAGUGAGGACAGGUGGGGAAAGUGAGACUGAUACUAGGAUCAGUGCGUCAAAGACAAUAAUCUUUAAAGAUGGCUACCAGUCGUCUUGCUCGUAACGUGACGGAGGAUUACUUGACUUGUACGAUUUGUCUGCAGCGCUUCCGGGAGCCCCGGACUUUGCCUUGUGAACACACAUUCUGUCUCGCCUGUCUAGCCAGCCACAUAGGCGCAUCUCCAGAUGACAAUGUUUUCCUUUGCCCAGUGGACAAGACAGAACUCCAGACCAACAAAGCAGAAGAUCCCUGGGAACGAGCACGAGCUUUCCCGACGGACGUUCUGGCUGAGGCGCUGAUCAGAGUUGUGGAGGAAGACAUGAAGCAGGCAAAUGUAAGCGAGAAAGGCGAGGGUCUGGAUUUCUUCUGCUUCGGAUGUCAAACGAUGACGAGUGCUGAUGAUGCCGUGCAGAAUCACCGCAGUUCAUCUUGUGACUGCGUCAAACUUCAGAAAGCGUACCAACGCGUGAUGCCAGUGUUAGUUAAUUAUAACCGAGAACUGGAGAAGGUCUAUCUCAAAUCUGAGAAAAUCAGACGAAUAUUCACGACUGGAAGCGGGAUUUCUGAGGCCAAGCAAGAGGUUCUCGGCGAAAUAGACGAAUUCGAAGCGAGAUUAGAUGAUUUUUAUGCGGUAUGCAAAACGGAUCUUGGUGCCCUGAAAACUCAAGUGGCAGAACACAAAGUUGAAUGUGACACCAAAAAUAAUUGUGUGCUUCAUGAUGAAAUAGCUAGAAGAUAUUCAAAAUUCAAUCAGAAUUUUGACGAUGAAAAUAUCCCUGAACUACUGUCUCUUUACCGGUCAGUCGAUAAAAAUCUGAAAGAACUUGGGAAGUUUGAGGAAUCUUUGCAAACAAAAACACGGAAGUUUCCCCUGGACUUCCUUCCAAAUAAACAGAUUCUGAACAUGCUACACAGCAAGCAACGAUGUGGACACCUAAAACUGACCUCAGCAUCACAUUUUAGAGGUCAGCAGACCACAGACGUUGACGAAUGCAACUAUUAUGACGUAGUGAUGACGGACAAGUACAUCGUGACGUGUGAUGGAGAGAGUGGUUACAUCCAACGCUUCCUACAUGAUGGCACUUACGUCGAUUCGAUGAAAGUUGACAAUAUAUGUCGGAUGACAGCGGUAAAAGACGAUGAAAUAGCGGCAACUCGUUUAUUCAAGCGUAAAAUCGCUUACAUCUCUCUUGGAAAGAAAAUGCACAUACGAGAUCAAAUUCGAACGAAGAAAUCCUACAUCGGAAUUUGUCUUCUGUCGACAGGAAAUUUCUGCGUUUCGUUUUACGACGGCGAAGAGCCACCUGGUAUAGAAAUCAUUUCAGACGAUGGGAAGGUCCUUAAAACGAUUCUUGGACACAGAAAUCCGACAGGGUCCAUCCCGCUGUUCCUCGUCCCAAUGUUCUUAACGUCGACAGCCAACGACAACAUUAUCGUCUGCGACUUUACUGAUUCCAAUCACGUGAUAUGUUUCAACGACAAUUUGGACCUUCGUUGGUAUCAGUCUUUUCCCAGUAUGCCCUGUUGUGUGACAUCAGAUGAUGACGACACAUUGUACGUCUCUUUUCCUGACGUAAAUGAGGUCGUGACGGUAUACGAGGAGGACGGGAAGAAGAUGAGAACUGUAGUGAAGAAGAGCGAUGACGUGAUUAGACCGUACGCUAUCACCGUCAACGACAACACACUCGUCAUCACAGAGGACGAGACGGACAAGAUCCACCUGGUCAAGCUGUGAUCAAACAUUUUGUGGAUCAAUGCCUUCUGUCAAAUAAAACAUUUUGAAAAUUG